UGUCAGCAUUUCGAACAUGGAGAGUUAUUUGGAAGGAGCAAACACACUAUCCGAGUGAUCUCUGAUCACAAAAAUCUUACCUACUUCACGACAACUAAAGUGUUGACGCGAAGGCAGGCAAGAUGGGCCGAGAUACUUGCAAACUAUGACUUUGUCAUUGAGCAUUGCAAGGGAAAAGAAAAUGGACAAGCAGAUGCACUGAGCCGACGAGCGGACUAUGAAGAAGGAAUUCGAAAACCUGAACCAGCACUGCUUCGGAAGACUGAAGACGGAACCAUGAUGUAUAAUCAUCAGGUUGCUAGUCUUGAAGCAACAAGCGAACUCUUGAAAUCAUCAUUUAUCGACAAACUCAUUGAGGAAACAAAAAGGGACACCAUGAUUCAACAAAUGUUAGAGAACUCUGCAGACAACGACAAACUGACUCAAGGUGAUGAUGGGAUUGUCUAUCUCCACAACCUUAUCUAUGUGCCACAAAGCCUACGGCAAGAAGUGAUCAAAAUGCACCACGAUCUACCGGCUCAUGGGCACAUGGGAACCGAGAAAACAACGGAACAGAUCUCGAGGAAUUACUACUUUCCGAACAUGAGACGAACAGUGGAACGAUACAUCAAAAAUUGUGACAGCUGUCAAAGAAACAAACCAGCACGACAUCAACCAUAUGGAAAGCUUCAACCACUAGAAGUACCAAAAAGGCCAUGGGAAUGGAUUACUAUCGACUUCAUCACGCAGUUACCAAAAUCGCUUGACAUAACGACUAAGAAGCACUAUGAUGCUAUCAUGGUGAUCGUUGACAGAUUGACAAAAUACGCAUACUUCAAACCAGUGGAAUCAACAGCGAAUGCGACACAAAUAGCAGCAGUAUUACUGCAAACGGUCACAGCAAAUCAUGGAAUGCCACGAUUCAUCACAACCGACAGAGAUAAGAUAUUCAUUUCGAAACUAUGGCGUUCAUGGAUGGAUCUGAUAGGGGUAGAGCAUAGACUCAGCACCUCAUACCAUCCACAGACCGACGGGCAAACCGAACGAACCAACCAGACAAUCGAACAAUAUCUUCGACAUUAUCUUGAUUAUGAUCAGGAUAAUUGGGUUGAUAUUUUACCAAUUGCGCAAUUUGCAUACAACAACGCAAUCAGUUCGACGACUGGAGAAACACCAUUCUACGCGAACUACGGAUAUCACCCUCAAUUGGCCUAUGAACCUCUGAAACAGCAAGAAGAAGCACCACUGGCAAAAGAACAUGCGGACAAUCUACGACACAUGCAUACAAUGAUGCAACGAGAUAUUGAAUUCGUGAACCUCAGAAUGGCAACAUACUACGAUAAGAAGAGAUCUGAGGGACCAGAUCUCAAGGAGGGGGAGAAAGUUUACCUUCUACGACGAAACAUCAAAACUAAACGACCGAGCGCAAAAUUGGAUCACAUUCGACUAGGACCAUUUACCAUUGAAAAGAAAACCGGACCAGUGAACUACAAACUCAAACUACCAGAAAGCAUGAAGAUACAUCCAAUUUUUCAUAUCUCAUUGCUGGAACGAGCACCAGAAAACGCCAAGGAACCCGGAAAUAUCGAACUGGACGACACCACAGAAGAAGAAUACGAGGUCGAAAAGAUUCUGGCAAGGAAAAGAGUCAACGGUCAAAUCUAUUACUUAGUCAAGUGGAAGGGAUACGAUACUUCAGAAAACACAUGGGAACCAAUUAAGAACUUGACGAAUUGCCGUGAGAAGAUUCGAGAAUUCCACCGACAGCAACAAGCUCAGAUGGAUUCGGAGACCAGCGAAGAAUCUCAUUUAUCUGACUCUCAGUCAGAUUAG